UCCAGGACCAGACAGAGUGGUAGGAUGAUGCAUCAUGUCUUUCCAGGACCAGACAGAGUGGUAGGAUGAUGCAUCAUGUCUUUCCAGGACCAGACAGAGUGGUAGGAUGAUGCAUCAUGUCUUUCCAGGACCAGACUGAGGAGAGUGGUAGGAUGAUGCAUCAUGUUGUUUCCAGGACCAGACUGAGGAGAGUGUAGAUUGAUAAAUCAUGUUGUUUCCAGGACCAGACUGGGGAGAGUGGUAGGAUGAUGCAUCAUGUUGUUUCCAGGACCAGACAGAGUGGUAGGAUGAAGCAUCAUGUGUUUCCAGGACCAGACUGAGUGGUAGGAUGAUGCAUCAUGUUGUUUCCAGGACCAGGCAGAGGAGAGUGGUAGGAUGAUGCAUCAUGUCUUUCCAGGACCAGACAGAGUGGUAGGAUGAUGCAUCAUGUGUUUCCAGGACCUGACUGAGGAGAGUGGUAGGAUGAUGCAUCAUGUUUUCCCAGGACCAGACUGAGAAGAGUGGUAGGAUGAUGCAUCAUGUGUUUCCAGGACCAGACUGAGGAGAGUGGUAGGAUGAUGCAUCAUGUGUUUCCAGAACCAGACUGAGUGGUAGGAUGAUGCAUCAUGUUGUUUCCAGGACCAGACUGAGUGGUAGGAUGAUGCAUCAUGUUGUUUCCAGGAUCAGACAGAGGAGAGUGGUAGGAUGAUGCAUCAUGUGUUUCCAGGACCAGACUGAGUGGUAGGAUGAUGCAUCAUGUUGUUUCCAGGACCAGACUGAGUGGUAGGAUGAUGCAUCAUGUUGUUUCCAGGACCAGACAGAGGAGAGUGGUAGGAUGAUGCAUCAUGUUGUUUCCAAGAUGAGACAGAGGAGAGUGGUAAGAUGAUGCAUCAUGUGUUUCCCAGGACCCGCCUGAUGAGAGUGGUAGGAUGAUGCAUCAUGUUGUUUCCAAGACGAGACAGAGGAGAGUGGUAGGAUGAUGCAUCAUGUGUUUCCCAGGACCAGCCUGAUGAGAGUGGUAGGAUGAUACAUCAUGUCUUUCCAGGACCAGACUGAGGAGAGUGGUAGGAUGAAGCAUCACGUGUUUCCAGGACCAGACUGAGGAGAGUGGUAGGAUGAUGGAUCAUGUUGUUUCCAGGACCAGACUGAGGAGAGUGGUAGGAUGAUGCAUCAUGUUGUUUCCAGGACCAGACUGAGGAGAGUGGUAGGAUGAUGCAUCAUGUAUACCCAGGACCAGACUGAGUGGUAGGAUGAUGAAUCAUGUUGUUUCCAGGACCAGACAGAGUGGUAGGAUGAUGCAUCAUGUCUUUCCAGGACCAGACAGAGUGGUAGGAUGAUGCAUCAUGUCUUUCCAGGACCAUACAGAGUUGUAGGAUGAUGCAUCAUGUCUUUCCAGGACCAGACUGAGGAGAGUGGUAGGAUGAUGCAUCAUGUUGUUUCCAGGACCAGACUGAGGAGAGUGGUAGGAUGAUACAUCAUGUUGUUUCCAGGACCAGACAGAGGAGAGUGGUAGGAUGAUACAUCAUGUUGUUUCCAGGACCAGACAGAGGAGAGUGGUAGGAUGAUGCAUCAUGUGUUUCCAGGACCAGACUGAGGAGAGUGGUAUGUGAAAAAUGUUGUUUCAUGCACUAGAGUGUCCCAAAUGGAACUCUUUUCCCUACUUAGUGUACUCCGUUUGAUCAAAGCGCUAUGGGCCCUGGUCAAACGUACUACACCACAUAAAAAACUGGGACAAUCCUCAAAUCUUCCCCACAGAGGAGGGACCGUAGCCUCGACACAGGUGGUCGGUGGGGUCACUGAUCUGAGAUCAGCGUAUCCACACCAACUCCCUACCUUGACCACCAGUGGGAAAAGGCAAACUGAGCUUCCAUCAGAUUUCUUGGGUAACUCUUCUCUUUCUCUUAACAUGAACCAUGCGGAACCAAGCAGACCGCGUCUGGGCUGAUAAAUCACCAAUAUAACGGGCACGGUAUCUGAACACACUGCACGUAGACGACAGACCUUCUUUAACUCACCAUCGGAAGAAACGCUGAAGAAGUUAAGACUUCUAACUGAAGAUCAUGUCUCUGAUGCUACUGCUGGUGUUGGUGUGCCAAACCAUGGCGUCGCCUCGACUCUCAGCAUCAGACCCCUGUGUUCUAGAACUAGAGGAGUUGAGACGUGAUGUCCGUAUUCUGGAGAACAAACUGUUGAUCGGAGUGUGGCAGCUCAACCAUGUCAAGACACACAGCUACAUCAUCACCCCCCCAUUACCCAGUAACUCAACCUUCAACCUAACAGAGGAAUACAGGACAGGAGCCUCUCUGCCUCCAGCAGGAAGCCUCAUCGUACAUGACAAAGACUGCUCUGAGCUGUAUGACAGACAGAGGCCAGACUCCGGGUUUUACCGGAUCAGGCCUAGAGUGGAUCAGGAGCCGGUCCUAGUCUUCUGUGACAUGGAAGAUGGAGGGGGAUGGACUGUUAUACAGCGACGAAGACAUGGCAGGGUUGACUUCAACAGAGACUGGGUGGACUACAGAGACGGGUUUGGAGACUUUAAGCUGUGGAACGAUGAAUUCUGGCUGGGCAACGAACACAUCCAUUCUCUGGUGAAGGAAGGUGAGAACCUGGUGAAGAUAGAUCUGAUGGACUGGAGCGGAGCCAAGACUCAUACCUACUACCAGAACUUCAGGAUCACAGAUGAGAAGGAUAGCUAUCGUCUAUGGUACGGUGUGCAUAGCGGUCGUGGAGGAGAUGCUUUAUCAGGAGGAAGGGGGAUGGUGGAGCAGUGGUCUUCCUCUCUCAGUGGGAUGCAGUUCAGCACCAGAGACCAGGACCAUGACCGCUACCUACAGGGUAGCUGUGCCCAGGAGAACAGAGGAGGCUGGUGGUACAACAGGUGUCAUGCAGCCAACCUGAAUGGGAAGUUCUACCGCGGCGGAGUCUACAAGGGUCUCUAUGACAACGGUGUGGUGUGGGGCACCUGGAGAGGCCUGUGGUACUCCCUCCGACACACCACCAUCAAAAUUCGGCCCCUGCUCUCCCUGGACAGCCUGGCAGGCAGCGGAGCAGGGCCAGAUGGGUAGAGGGUCCAGGAAAUACUGAGGCUUCAGCCAGCACUAGGCCUCAACACAUGGAGCCAGUCAACCACCGAAUCACCUGCAGUAGAAAGUAUUAGAGGCUUUAAAAAAACAUUAUUUAAAAAAUAAAUUUUCAUUUAUUAUUUGUUAUUUUCCAUUCUUUUGUCAAAUUCUUUGUAAAUAUAUAAAACGUUAAUGAGGCUUUGUCUUCCCAGUUUCAUAGUAUCGUUGACACAUUAAGGUCACAGCAGGGGAAUGAUGUAGUUCAGACAUAUAUGUUUUGAACUAAAUGCAAUUAUGCAAUAAUAAUAAAUGAGCAGUAUAAACUAA